GGCCGAGUGAGAAAGCAAGUCACUGACGAGCUCAAGCGUCGAUCGCUCAGAACGGAAGCAAAUUUCCGCGAGACUCCUCAACGCGCAUUCAUGCCUGACAACUCAACUCGUAUUACAUAUCCAGCACUUAUUCAUCGAUCGUUAGAGCUGACAAAGCAAGAUCAGGCCAGUAGAUAGGACAAGAACGCUUACUGGACAUCGAUACCUCAACUGCAUAUACGACUUCCUCUCAAACAACACGCACAUCGCUGCUUCAGGCCGACUCGCGAAGAAUCAGCGAGAAUGGACAACGAUAUCAUGCGGCUGCUGCAGCAGCUCCAAGGCGGAGGACAACGUGAAGCUCCGGCGGCACAGACAGUCAUAGCGGAUAACGGCGAGACGGUGCAUAUCUCCUCUUUGGCAUUACUAAAGAUGCUCAAACAUGGUCGUGCGGGAGUACCGAUGGAAGUUAUGGGAUUGAUGUUGGGCGAAUUCGUGGACGAUUAUACGAUAUCAUGCGUCGAUGUAUUCGCCAUGCCGCAGAGUGGAACGACCGUGACGGUAGAAAGUGUGGACCACGUCUUUCAAACGAAGAUGCUGGACAUGUUGAAGCAGACUGGACGACCGGAGAUGGUAGUAGGAUGGUACCAUUCACAUCCUGGAUUCGGCUGCUGGCUCUCAUCAGUAGAUGUCAACACUCAGCAGUCCUUUGAACAAUUACACCCUCGAGCCGUGGCCGUUGUCAUUGAUCCGAUCCAGUCUGUCCGAGGAAAGGUCGUGAUUGAUGCUUUCCGAUCCAUCAACCCUCAUGCCGUCAUGGCCGGUCAAGAAUCAAGACAGACAACGAGCAAUAUUGGUCAUUUGAACAAGCCGAGUAUACAGGCUUUGAUACAUGGUUUGAACCGAUACUACUACAGUCUGGCGAUCGACUACCGAAAGACGGAGGGCGAGCAGGGCAUGUUACUGAAUCUGCAUAAACGAGGAUGGACCGAGGGUCUCAAGCUGAGAGAUUUCGACGAUAUGAAAGAGGGCAAUGAAAAGGCCGUCAAGGACAUGUUGUCACUCGCCUCAGCCUACAACAAAUCGGUGCAGGAGGAAUCAGCCUUGACACCGGAGCAGCUCAAGACGAGGCAUGUGGGUAAAUUGGACCCGAAGAGACAUUUGGAGGAUGCUGCUGAAAAGGCAAUGGGGGAGCAAGUGACUCAGAACCUUGCCAUGGGAGUAUUGGCAGAGUUGUAGAGGUCCUUCCUGACAAUUGAACAAGCAUGUG